AUGUCGAUUCCUGAUAUCGAGAGGCUGGCCUUGGUAUCAUAUAUCCACUGGAUAUUCCUGAUAGUAGCGAAGUCGAUGGUGAAACUGGCAAUCGGAUUCCAGUUCCUUCGCAUUGCACAGCCAAAAGGGUGUUCGCUCCUUGUCAAGGGCCUGAUGGGACAGGAUGUGAUGACCGACCUAAUUCUCACGAAUCUACCGCUUUAUUAUUUCCCUCCGAGGCGACUUGUGCGGCGUGCAGGCGUUGUCCUCUCAGGCAUUGUGGGAUUAGGCGUAUACCUAGACAGCGGUUAUAGGGGAGAUAUAUUUUUCCUUCUAAGCACGCUAGAGCUUCACAUCGCCAUGAUAGCAUGCUCCAUACCCACCCUACGCCCCUUGUUCGGGAGCUACAGCGACGCAAUCCUAGUCAGUCGAUAUGGACACGCUGGCCCAAACCUCGACUACGACACCUCUUCCACCAGUCCAGGCGACGGCUCAAGAAUACGAAUGAUUUCGGUAUCCAAAUAUGCAUCGAACCGGCUGACAUUCGACGACGACCGGCUCAGUCAUAUCGAUAGCCACGAUGGCAAGUGCAGGGGGCCACCGGCAAGGGUGGGCAGCAGUGGGCCGGCAUUACCAUCGGCAUCAACCUGUGAAUAUAAGGUUGAAGUUAGCGCCUCCAGGGUAUCGUCUCCAGGCUCUUAUCAUCUGCCUCCUUUCUUGAAGGACUCUCAGAGCAAUGGCUCUCUGCGAAACGGCGGCGAGACACAGCGCGAUGGACUGCCUGGGAUCAUGUGUACGACGGACGUGUACGUUCGGAUGGAUAGCCCAUCAGAGAAAAGGAGCGUACAGGAUGUCUGA